AUGAAGCGCAGUAUCCCCCUCGUUGUCUACGUGGUCGUGCAGUUCGUGGCGUUCCUUCUGGUGCUGGUGGGCACGCCGCUGGACAUUUUUCGCGGUGUGAAUCCGCAAGUUUUGGGGAACCUUAUGGUUUGCAUCACACUGUUUGGUGUGAAAGUGGACUGCUACAAUACGACAUAUGCUGAGUCAGCGGAAGUAUUGUGGGCAGACUGCUUGAACCGCCUGAACCGUUUCCACGUUGCCCAGGCGUUCGCCAUCAUCUCCAUCCUUGUUUACUUCGCGGCAUUUUUUUUCGGGUUGCUUCUGAUCUUCUGCUGCCCCUGCUUGCGUUGGCUCUGCCUGGCACUGAACAUCAUCGGCGUGGUCACCUUGUUCAUUGUGUGGGUGGCCAUGGUGGUGACAUACUAUAAAGAUGAUAACGCAGCAUGCCCUAAAGCCCGAAACGAGUUUACCUUCGGUAUCGGCUUUGACCUCUUGAUGACGGCUUGGUGCGUGGAUAUCAUCGCCGCAAUUUUGAUGCUCACGUAUGCGGUGAAUCCUUCUUGGAUGAACAAAAACGAGACGUCGCAACAAGAAAAACAGGGGAACUACAUAUACGCACAACGAGGGUAG